UCUGCAUUGUCACCGCUGGGGCCACGACGAGUCCAGGCUCAACUUGCCACAGAGGAAUGUCUCUCUCUUCCACAAGAUCAUACCUCCGCUCGCAAGUACUCGCCGGAGACCAUUUUGCUCAUUGUGUCGAAUCUGGUACUUUGCUGAGGUGAUAAUCCAGCUGAUCGUCCAUCGGUUCGAUUCGCAACCAUGCUCGAAGCACAUUUUUUGUCAAGUGGUUUUGUUGUGAUGCUUUUUCAUUAUGAUGGUAACGUUGAGGAGUGGAUGCAAUUUCAAUGGAAUGAUCUUGUCAUUUAUGUGUCUGCAGUCAAUCAAACAAAAUGGUGGUUCGCAAAGCGUUUCUUACAUCGUGAUAUAGUUGAUCAAUAUAGUCGCAUUCUUCUACGGGAUGAGGACCUUGGAGUUGACAAUUUCAAUCCUCAACGGUAUGUGUCCAUUGUUCGAAAGGAAGGGCUUGAAAUAUCACAACCGGCACUUGAUUUUUUCAAGACAGAGGUGAACUACAUGGAGAAACUUUCAAAAGAUGAGGGGAUUCAGAAGAAACUCAGCAAGGAUAUUUUGCAAUAUAAAGCUCAUAUAAUCAAGAUAUUUGUGGAACAUAGGCACAAUUGGAUCUCUGCAGAUUUAGAGUUUUAGAAAUUUGCCUAGGGCUUAGGAUGCAAGUCAUUGGUGAAUUGUAAACUCCAGUUUAUUAAAUAAAUUAGCUUUUUGUAUCUUUUUAUGAUGUCACUGUUAUGUUUAGUUUUCCUUAAUAAAACAUUACUUUUAUAGAU